AUGCCACCACCGUUGCCGUCGUCAUUUCUACAAGCUCUACGCCGAGCAGCUCCGUUGCUAUCUCGCCAGCUAUUCCCAUCUCAGCGAUGUCUUCAAUUGUCCACCAGAGCAAUCCCAUCCCCCAGACCUCUAAGAGGUGUGCCCUCGCGCCCCAAGCAGCAGAUUGGCCCUCUUGUGGGAAGGAUUCAACGUCUCUCUACUGCUGCAACUUUCGAGACUACUUUACCGGCUGCGGGCAAGCUCAACUCAGCGUCACGUUUCCCAGAUUCAAGCUCUAGUGCUGUUGCCUAUUGGCUGCUGGGAAGCGCAGCCAGUGUGUUUGGCAUUGUGGUUUUUGGCGGCCUUACCCGUCUUACCGAAUCCGGGUUGAGCAUCACAGAAUGGAAGCCGGUAACAGGGUCCUUACCUCCACUGUCAGAAGCAGACUGGGCCUCCGAGUUCUUGAAAUAUCAGUCUUCCCCCGAAUUUCACCUGCUCAAUCCGCAUAUGACGCUCGAUGAAUUCAAGAGCAUAUACUGGAUGGAAUGGGUCCACCGCCUCUGGGGUCGCGCAAUCGGCAUUACCUUCGUCCUUCCAGCUAUCUAUUUUGUUGCGCGCCGUCGUGUCUCCAAGCCCAUGAUGCUCAGACUGGCCGGCAUUGCUGGGCUGAUUGGCUUUCAGGGCUUCAUCGGCUGGUGGAUGGUGAAAUCUGGGUUAAAGGACGACCUCUUCGCCUCAGGUUCUCAUCCCAGGGUCUCCCAAUACCGACUCACCGCUCAUCUCGGGGCUGCUUUCCUCUGCUACACCGCCAUGCUCUGGAAUGGCCUGUCUAUCCUUCGAACCAACAAGCUUCUAUCAAUGAACCCCACAAUGGCCUCUCAGACGCUUGCCUCACUUUCCUCUCCGCAAUUGAAGAUCUUCAAACGUUGCGUGGCAGGUCUCGCUCUCCUCGUCUUCACAACCGCCAUGUCUGGUGGUCUCGUGGCUGGCCUGGACGCAGGGCUGAUCUAUAAUGAAUUUCCCAAGAUGGGUCUCGGCCUCACGCCGCCGAAAUCUGAACUUUUUGACAAGUUCUACUCCCGCGAUCCAGAUCAGAAGGACCUUUACUGGCGGAAUGCGCUGGAGAACCCGUCGCUGGUACAACUGGACCAUCGCAUUCUAGCUACAACUACGUUCACUUCUGUGAUGGCUCUGUGGGCCUACAGCAAAUUCUCCCCAACCAUACGCGCGUUCUUACCUAGAGCCGCCAAACGUGGAGUGCAUGGCGUUGUAGGCUUCGCCUGGUUGCAGGUAAUUCUCGGCAUCAGCACUCUGAUCUAUCUGGUCCCAUUGCCAUUGGCAAGCGCACACCAGGCAGGAAGCUUGGCUCUGUUGACCUGGACGCUCGUUUUGGGCAGUCGAGUGUGGUAUCCGUCGAGAGCAGCUCAACUGUUUGCACAGAGGCUGGGUACGGUGAGGUCUACUGGUGUAGGCGGCGGGACUGCAGGCGUUGGCAACGGUCUUCCACUUGGGACAGUCGCUGCAGCGAGGACUGGCAGGCACUUCCUGAAGAGACCGGAGAUGGUAUAG